AUGAUAUCAACAUAUUCUCUCUCUCUCUCUCUCUCUCUCUCUCUCUCUCUCUCUCUCUCUCUCUCUCUCUCUCUCUCUAGAGAAAAAAAUGACUUUCCACCUAAGAAUUUAUACAAAACCUCUUUGUCUUUCCACCUAUAUUUCCAUUUUCUCCUCUAUCCACCUCGUAUUGUUUUUCACCUGCCAUUCCAAUUUUCUCUCUUUCCACAUAUCUGUUUUUCCCCCUGCCUUUCCACCUCUCUCUCUAUCCACCUCUCUGUCUUUCCACCUGCCUUUUCAUCUCUAUCUCUAUCCACAUUCUCUGUCUUUCCACCUGCCUUUCCACCUCUCUCUCUUUCCACAUAUCUGUCUUUCCACCUGCCUUUCCACAUCUCUCUCUAUCCACCUCUCAGCCAUUCCAGCUGCAUUUCUCUCUCUGAUUUCCACAUAUCUGCCUUUCCACCUGCUGAUCCACCUCUCUCUCUAUCCACCUUUCUGCCAUUCCAGCUGCCUUUUCACCUCUAUCUCUUUCCACCUAUCUUUCUUCCCACCUGCCUAUCCACCUCUCUUUCCACAUAUCUGCCUUUUCCACCUCUCUCUCUAUCCACCUCUCUGUCUUUCAACCUGCCUUUCCACCUCUCUCUCUUUCCAACUAUCUGCCUUUUCACCUGCCUAUCCACCUCUCUCUCUAUCCGACUGUCUUUGUCUUUCCACCUCUCUCUCUAUCCACCUCUCUGUCUUUCCCCCUGCCUUUCCACCUCUCUCUCUAUCCACCUCUUUGUCUUUCCACCUGCCUUUCCACCUCUCUCUCUAUCCACCUCGCUGUCUUUCCACCUGCCUUUCCACCUCUCUCUCUUUCCGCCUAUCUGCCUUUCCACACCUCUGUGA